CUUGUAGAAGCUUCUUGGACCGGUAGUUCAGAAUAGGACAUCUUGUGAACCGAUAUGGACAGGUUACAAUAGGCAACAUGGAUAAGGCAUUCCUUUUGGUAUUGGCCGUGGCGGCCGGAUUAGCAGCAGGCACCGCUGCUGGCUUGGCUGCAUCAGCUUUCCCGUACGCCUUAGGCACAGCCAUCAUGACUUACCGCAGCAAGCGGAAGAAGGGAGAAAGCCGGGAAUUGAAACAUAGACAUAAAGGAGAAAAAUUGAAAAAGAGCUCUCCAGGGUCCCUCUCAAAGGAGGGCAUUGCUUACAGAGAGGAGCUGCGUAGGAGAGUUAUCGACUGGAAAGACAUAGAUGUCACGUUUGACGAUUUUCCCUAUUUCCUCAGUGAGAGCUUCAAGGAGCUGCUCAUCGACUCUGCAUAUAUCAUUCUGAAGAAGCCUGAUUACCUGAAGUACACAACGGAUCUAGGAACAUUGAGUCCCAGGAUUCUCUUGGUGGGCCCAUCUGGAACUGAGAUUUUUCAGGAGAUGUCCGUUAGAGCACUCGCGGGGUUCCUCGAGUCCAAUCUGCUGAUAUUCGAUAGCACGGCUAUAACACUAGAUGUCUGUAAUAACCUGGAACUCAGUGAAACUGCUUCUUUUCAAGAGCAGGAGGAGUCGGUUGUUGAGAAGCCGUCGUCGGUGGAAGGACAUUCGCUGCCUUCUGGUAAUUCUUUGAUGGACGUGAAAGAAGCAGCCUCGAUGACGCGACCUGAGAUUCGCAGCAACCGUGAUACCGCAAGGCAUUCUCCUUCCAUGAAACUUCCCCAAAUGGAUGACGCCGAUGGAGUGUCCUCUUUGACACAUUGCGAACAUCAUCAGCAAACAACAAGAAGCAAGGGUACCUCCUCACCAGGAAAAACACAGCAUUCUUCUCCACAAGUGGUAGUGGGACCUCCCAAGAGGUCUCUCAAAAAGGGUGACCGGGUCAAGUACGUUGGCAAUGGAGGGCUUUCAGGUUCCUCUUCUGCAUUUAGCGGGCCAAGCUCUGAAGUCAUGGAUGGAUUAAGAUCUAGCAGCGCCUUCUCCAGGGGUCCUCAAAUGGGAAGCAAAGGUCGUGUCAUGAUGGUGGUCGAGGAAAACCGGAGCAAAGUCGGUGUGAGGUUUGACAAACCGGUUUGUGGAGGGCAUAGUUUAGCUGACCUCUGUGAAGAAGGCCACGGCUUCUUCUGCAACGUCUCCGACCUUCGUUUAGAAGGCAGUGCAAAUGAAGAUGCAGACAAGGUCAUUGCUGAGGCAUUGCUUGAGGUUGUCAUGUCCGAGGCAGCAAAAGGGCCACUCAUUUUAUAUAUUCGCAAUGUGGAAAAACUAUUUGUGGGUAACUUCGAUCGGUACGUCAAGCUGGAACGGCUGGAGAAGAAUCAGGCCCGUGUUGUUGUUUUUGGGUCUCAUACUUCUGAGAGUAGGAAGGACAAGUCGAGCUCAAGCAUGUCAUCAAGAGUUGGGUCCAGUCUGUCGACACUUUUCGACUUGACAUUUUUGGACCAUUUUGGCUCACGUUUAGAUGACCCCAAGGGUGAACUCUCAAAAACAACCAAGUUUCUUUACAAGCUUUUCCCGACGAGAAUCAGUGUGCAGCCACCUCAAGAUGAAAGAGCACUGGAGGAAUGGAACAAGAAGCUAGAAAAGGACACGGAAAUUCUGAGAGCAGAGCAUAACAGACAGCGAAUACGUUUGGUGCUCAGCCAUAUUGCAGUGCCGAAUGAAGAAUUGGAGUCUCUCUGCAUUGACAGCCAUCUGCUUACUGUUGAUACGGCCGAGAAGGCUGUCGGUCUGGCAGCGAGUCGUUACCUUCGCACUAGCAGUGAGGCGCUCGAGCGGAAUGGAAAGCUGGUCAUCGACGGAGCCAGCCUUCAGCAGACAGUGAGACUGCUGCAAGACACACAAAAAGGGGUAGCGUCAUCCAGGAAGGGGCUUAAGGAUAUUGUUCCAGAUAACGAGUUUGAGAAGCUGCUUCUAGCAGAAGUCAUUCCGCCGUACGAGAUUGGCGUGAAUUUUGAGCAUAUUGGAGCUUUAGAGAACGUGAAGGAGACAUUGAGAGAACUUGUGAUGCUGCCCCUUCAGAGGCCCGAGCUGUUCGCCAAGGGCCAGUUGACGAAGCCUUGCAGAGGGUUACUACUCUUUGGCCCGCCGGGGACGGGGAAGACUAUGCUUGCAAAGGCUGUGGCAACGGAGGCUGGCGCAAAUUUCAUCAAUAUUUCUAUGUCGACCAUCGCUUCAAAGUGGUUUGGUGAGGCCGAGAAAUACGUCAAGGCAGUGUUCACUCUGGCCAGCAAAAUAGCUCCUUGUGUUAUCUUCAUUGAUGAGGUAGACAGCAUGCUGGGAAGAAGAGGGAAGGAUAAUGAGCACGCGGCAAUGCGUAAGAUAAAGAACGAGUUUAUGUCCAGCUGGGAUGGGCUUCGUACGCGAGAGAAUGAGAGAAUCCUUGUGCUGGCAGCAACCAACAGGCCGUUCGAUCUCGACGAAGCUGUGAUCCGAAGAUUUCCGCGAAGAUUACUGGUUGAUGUGCCAGAUGCCGAGAACAGAGCGAAGAUAUUGAAGGUAAUCUUGGCAGAGGAGGAGCUCGAAGAGGGAUUCAACAUCGAAGAGCUAGCAGCGGCUACAGAUGGCUACACUGGCAGCGAUCUCAAGAACUUAUGCACUACCGCUGCGUACAGGCGUAUAAGGGAAAUAUUGGAGAAUGAGAAGAAGGAACGUGUGAAGGCAGAGGCGGAAGGCAGGCCACCACCUGCUCGACAGCCGGGAUCAACGCCCUUCAUUCGGUCAUUAACCAUGGAAGACAUGAAGCAAGCUAUGGAAAAGGUGAGAUCAAGCGUGUCGACAGACGGAAGUUUCGCACUUGAACUACAGCAAUGGAAUGAGCAAUACGGCGAAGAAGAAAGAGGCGGACGCUUGUUUGCGGCAGUGAGCAGUGUGCGCAGGAAAGCAUCGUCAUUGAAAGCACGCCCAGGCGAAGAAGGAGGCAGCCGCUUGUUUGCAGCAGUGAGCAGUGUGCACAGUAAAGCGUCGUCAUUGAAAGCACGCCGAGGCGAAGAAGAAAGAGGCGGGCGCUUGUUUGUGGGUGAGCGGAAGCAGUACCAUAUGGUUGAAGAGGCACCCUGUCAGACACACAAAGACAAGGGGGUUGCUAAAGUGAGCAGUGUGCGCAGUAAUGUGCCGUUGUUGAGUACCCCAGGAAAGGAAGGCAAGGGUCAGCAGUGGUUAUUGCAUCGCGCACUUUGUCUGCCUCCUGCGCUGUCCCCGUUGAUUGGGUUAGACUGGUGGUGGUGGUGGUGCUCUGUAGAAUGUGAACUUGAGGCGUCGUGCUGCAGCCUGAAGAGGGGAACACUUGACAUUGGGUCUUGCCGUCGACUCUUCGCAAUGAUAUUUUGAUGCAGUCCAUGAGAGCUAACCGAGAUGCGUCUAUUGCUAGUUCAAAGCUAUAGUCCAAACCCGCUCAGGGGCCGAAAUGCCGAUGUAUCGGUCAGUCUGGAUGCUCAACUCCGCUAGUUUUGCACUUGACGGCACCGGAGGAUAUGAGCGCCGUAGAGCCAUGCCAUUGCAGCGGCAUUUCAUGAUUGCUGGUAAUGUUUAUGAACUUUAUGCGACAAUGAGAGGAUCCUUUUUUUUUCCUUUUUUUUUUUUCCUGAAAGAGGAUCCUACCUCUGACGGUGUGCAGUGCCCGGAGGCCCGGCGGAGGGUUCUCCUGACAUGCGGGUUCAUCGGAACUAAAGUUGGGACUAUCAUCUCGCACCGUGGCUCGAAGCAGCUCGGAUCGGAUGUAGCCACUUGCAAUGGGAAGUUAGCUCCUAACGCCCGACUCGGAGAACAAUUAUUUUGACAUUAUAUUACGGUAGUCGUUGGAUUGGUCUUCCGGCGCGGCGAGUUCUAUUAUGGCUCGUCUUUUCUUUCUCAUUUGCUGAGGGGACGCGAGUUGCUUCUGCUUGCAGUUUUCUGGAGGCACGUCUGAUGUGAAAGCAAUUUGGGAGCGUGCACUUCUCUGGAGAAAAGCGUCAUCGGACCUGCAAGCUGUUUAUGGUCUGCAUCUUCGCAAAGUGUUCAGGGAAGGGCUCACGGAAGGAUCACACAAGGAUCACAGCACUUGCCGACUGCAGCCGCUGCGCUGCUGCUGCUUCGAGAGGACCUCCUCUGCUGGGCUCUUAAGCCCUUGCUUAAUGUGUUCGCCACUCAAUGUGACGCUCCUGGUAUAAAGGCGCUAACACCGAGUCAUCGUCAGAUGGAGAGUUUCAAUGUGAGCGUCGCAUGAAAAAUUAAUUGAAUAUCAAUAUCCGCUGACCAAUGACCAGCAGCCGUUCUCGUAAAUCAUGAUGAAUGCCAGGUGCAGCUGCUUUAAAGUAUAUUAAAGCACCAGUACAUGCCAGCUAUCGGCAGCGGGCCCUUUUCCGACACCACUGAACGCCGAUUCAUUUUAUCUACGGCGCUCGGACUGCUAAAUUUUCGGAGAGGCUCAAAACAGGUUCUCCAGUCGCCUGGGGCCAUGUACUGGUGGUUUAGAACCUCUUAAGUGCAUCAAGACAGCCUGGACACAAAGUGCGAUUGUUUGCCGAUGAUCUUCGGGGUCGGUAGCGGAACGCUUAUGCAUGGGCAAAAUCUCAUGAUUAGUGAAAAAUUAUGAGAUGAGUAUGUGCUGGAGGCCCAGUGGCGCUUAAGCUGGGGUCGCAUGGUGUUUACAUGGGAGUCACUUCCAUAAAGAAGGCACAACACUCACGUGCGGGAGCACAUUUUGCUCUUGGGAGCUGCAAAGGUGCUCAAGUACCCCCUGAUCGGAAUAUGAAUCAUCGUCGAACGAAGAGAAUGGUGCCUGAGAAUGCUCAUCGUGAUCUUGAGGAUUGUGCUCCAGAACUCAGUCAUCGCUGCUAAUUGGGAAAACUCUUGAAUUGGUUCAAGCAUGUCUUCAGGAAACUCUCUCUCUCUCUCUCUCUCUCUCUCUCUCUCUCUCUCUCUCUCUCUCUCUCUCUCUCUCUCUCUGUGUGUGUGUGUGUGUGUGUGUUAGGAAGUCAAGGGCUCAGAGUUGCUGUUGCAUUUAAGGGGGCCUAAGUGGCAGGGGAUUGGUUGGGCCGUUUAUCAGCAACCCUUCUGGCUUGCGUGUGUGAAAAGCCUCGUAUUCUUUUUUUGUUGGGAGUGACUUUUUUCAUGGGCAAUGUAAGAAAUACAGGCAUAGACAGGAAGAACAGGGGGAGAGGGCGGAUCGGCAAUUUUCCCGUGGCGUCAGGAGGGGGAAUGAACUUAUUGCCUUUUUCCGAUGAUGAACUUAUAUGCUUUGUUCUAUGACGGUGACGGAGGGCGAUCUGCUGGAACAAACUAUGAAGAACCGGAAAGCUCAUCAUCGGCGAUGGCAGCCCUGAGACACAUUGCUCUGGGCGGGAACUGGUACAAACUUCCAAGUGGAAGUGGUACAGACAGCGAACUGGAACUGGUACAAACUACCAAGUGGAACUGGUGCAGACUACGAAGUGGAACUGGUACAAACUACAAACCCGAACCGGAACUGGUACAAACUACAAACCGGAACUGGUCCAAACUACAAACCGGAACUGGUACAAACUACCAAGUGGAACUGGUACAAACUAAACUACCAAGUGGAACUGGUACAACCGGAACUGGUACAAACUACCAAGUGGAACUGGUACAAACUAAACUACCAAGUGGAACUGGUACAAACUAAACUACCAAGUGGAACUGGUACAAACUGAACCACCAAGUGGAACUGGUACAAACCAUGAACCCGAACCGGAACUGGUACAAACUAUGAACUGGAACUGGUACAAACUAGGAACAGUUCAGGAGGGGGAGAUUGUUGCUUUGUUCCGUGAUGAUGACAGAGGGGGAUUAAGGGCUGGAAACGCUGUGCUGAACGGAAUUUUGGGGAUAAAUGCGAAUAAUGCAUUUUUGAUGUGGCAUUGAUUGUGUAAUGAGAUGGAAGAAGCGUCUUUGCACGGAGGAAAAGGUUCUUACUAUGGAUGGUCGAGGCGAUGGAUGGAUGGAUGGAUGGGGUCAGCAUGUGUGGCAAAGGGAAUUCCUGCAAAGAAUUGCAGGAAGCUCUGAUGGGCUGUGUAGGGGAGGUUUUCAGGUCAGUUUGCCUAAAAGACUCAAGUUGUAUAAAUAUAAGAGAAGUCUUGUGUGAUAUACUAUUCUGUUUCCAUUUUCCUCUCCUCCUGCCUAUGCGACCUUGGAACAAAAACUCAUGAACCUG